UGCGACCGCAUAGUUCCGCCCGCGCAUAACAGCCUGUAUACAUUUCAAUCCUCGAGAAGUCGGGAACCCACGCCCUCCGCACCGACGGGCUUCUGAUUGUUUGUCGGAUCACGGAUCGUCCACGCCGGAGCAUCGCCCGGAGUUUGCCACACCCGUUCGAGCGCUGAAAGAGGGAGGGAAGAUUGCUGCGAUUUAGGUCAACCUGGCGAUCGUGGAAACGUCCGCUGCCUGGCGGCAGCCACACUCUGAUCAGGCGCCGCUCAAGACCCGAUAUCGAAGAAGCGACAAAUUCGUUAGGCAUAGGCGUCCCGAUCCUCCACCACCAUGGCCAAUCUCAGCCCGGGGCUGAAUGGCAUUGUCAUCGGCCUCCUGUCGUCCUUCGGGUCGGCACUUCUCAUCCUCUCCAUCUUCUUAGUUUUCUACUUCUUCCGCUACACGACCUCUGGGCGCAUCUUCCUCGACCGGAUCGGUCGCCCUGGCGAAUACGAUGACGAGCAAGCCUUUGCGCGAGAGGAGGCCGAGGCCCUCGAGACGAUGGAUGACAUGGAGAGGACCGAAUACCUACGAGCCAAGGCUUUCAUUGCCUCCAAUCCUCCCGAGUCCCUGCAGACCGACAUCUCAUUGUCCCAGUAUCUGGCCAUCCAGGAAAAGGGCGUAUCAGCUUGGGAGUUUGAGCCGGAGUUGGAAAUCGCAAAUUGUUUUGUCGAGGCUCGAACCGAGAUCGAGUUUUUCGAUUCCGAGUGCACCGUCAUGAGCAACCUGCCCGUGCCGAAACAGAACGACGUCUAUUACUGGGAGGCAAAGAUCUACGAAAAGCCAGAAACGACGCUGCUGAGCAUCGGCAUGGCCACCAAGCCGUAUCCGCUCUUCAGGCUGCCAGGCUAUCACAGAUGCUCGGUUGGCUACUUCUCAAACGGCACCCGUCGCUUCAACCAACCCUUCAACGCCACCCCCUACGGUCCUCAGAUCGUUCAGGGCGACGUUAUCGGCGUCGGCUACCGCCCGCGGACCGGGACGAUCUUCUUUACACGGAACGGCAGGAGGUUGGAUGACGUGGUCCACGGGCUAAAGUCGCAGAAUUUCUUCCCGUCGAUAGGUGCAAACGGCCCCUGUGUCGUUCACGUCAACUUCGGUCAGGCUGGUUUCAACUUCAUCGAAGCGAAUGUGAAGAAGUGGGGUCUUGCCCCCAUGACUGGUUCACUAGCACCGCCCCCGCCCUACGGGGCCGAGGCAGACACGAUCCUGCUCGCUAGAGGGACAAAUGAUGGCUUCAGGAGCUCACCAGCCCGCGGCCACCAGUACAGCCGCUCUGCUCAGCUGUACAGGCAAGGCGCCAAUGCCUCGGACUCGGGCCACGCCCGCUCGAGAUCAGGCAACUUCCGGAUGCUGUCUCCCACGAGUCCAGGGCCUCCCCGCAGCCCUACCGACAUCUCCCUCGCACACCUAGUACCGACAGACGAUGGCGGCGAGCCCAGCAGCAGUGCCACGGCGCGCACGCAAGCGGGCCAAGCUCACGGUCACCAGCCAACGGCUAUCGGGCUGAGCUGGAACGAGGACGACAGCCACCCGCCCCCGGAGUACACCAGCCCCGAGCAUUCCGACGCCGAAGAGACGAACAGCCGGAGGACCAGCAGCGACAGCGAGAAUGCUCCCCUCAUCCGCUUGACGAGGAGUCGCGGCGCGUCAUUACCCACCGCCGGUCGGAGCAGUCACGGCGGGUCUACUCAGCCGCCGGGGCGGGGACCACCCAGCCCGCCGAUUCCAACAUACCAGGACGCAAUCCGGCAAGGUGCGGGGAGAUAUAGGAGUGACAGUGCUCGCAGCACAAGAAGCGCCAGAUGAGCGAGGCGAAGAGGGUCCAACACGCUCUGUUGGCUUGGGAUGGCUCAUAUUUUCCUCUUCCCUUUUUAUUUCCUUCUUCUAUUGGGACAGCGUCGUCGACGUA